AUGAAGUUGCCACUUCAUCCAGCCAGCCUCGUGCUCUCGCUUUUUUGCCAGAAGGCAUUGGCGCCUAUUGUUCCAAAAUCUGCUCUCACUGCUACCGCUGCUUUCUUGGAGAGCACAGAGCAGGCGCCAAGCCUGGCUGAUCUUAUCAACCGUCUUCCUCAAGCUUCUGCUCCUCCUGGUCCCUCGGCCAACCCGAGCAAUCUCAUUCCGCCUUUGGACCGCGAGCUGCACCAACUUUCUGUCCCUCAUCAGGCAUGGUAUGCUCAAGCCUCUUCUUCAACCCAUCCUGUUCAAGACAUUCUUCGUGGUGAAGCUGGUCCUUUGUCAAGUCCUUUCAAUCCCCUUCCGUCUUCCAAUCACGAGCUACGUCGACUCCCUCUCCCUCACCAGCCGGGCUACCUUCAUGCCUCCUCCUCACUCGAUUACGCACCAGAGACGUCCAUGUUUGUGCCAGUGCGCAAUCCUCCCGUACAGUUUCCCGUUGGUCAUGGCGCCUUCCAGCAAUGGCGACACUACCACCCCUCGAUUCAGCAAGGUCUCUGGCCUCACGACACUCGUAGUCGGUGGUCCGCACAACUCUGGUCCGGUUCUCCGCCUUUCAACUUUGCACCUGUGCAGCACCCGCCGCCUCCUAUUACUCGCCCUUUGGACCUACCUCCUCAUCAGAACCAGCCCUCAGAACAAUCAACUCCCUCGCUCAGCCGCUCGAAUCGCCCGAGCAUGGAAGAAGCAAGCAGCAAAGCCUCCUUACCUGGCUCUUCGUCUACAGGCACUGUCAAGCUACCUCAGCCAAAGCAAGAUUCCAAGAGGCUUUCCCAAGCUGCUUCCACGUCGCGCACCAUCCAACCAGCAGCUCUCGCCUUGCAAGACAUCGAUCCACUGGCAGCAUCCGGUAAGCAUGUUUCCUUCGUCUACCAAGAGGAUCCCUUGACCGCGGCAAUGGUCGCGCAAAUGAAGCAAGACCUCGGUUUUGCCGAGCCAAGUAAAGCCAGAGGUGCGCGAAAUCUGGGCGUUGCUAGCCUUCAAGACUUUAUUCAGAGCAUGAACUACUUUCUCAAAGGAGAUCGUUUGUUCAAAGAACUCGUCUUCUUCGAACGACGUUUCCUCGUCACCGUCGGUGGCAACAUCGGAAGGCUCUCGCGAACUCUAAAAAGCCAAGGCCUUUACGUCUUCGAACUGAAGACCGACGGCGAGCAAGUCUUUAUGAUUUGCCGUGGCUCGUAUACAUUCGAUCCCAAAUACUGGAAGUUCGUCGAGACUGCAACUAGCUUUGCUACCAAAAGGGCCUUCAUCUUCCACACCGUCGCAAGCACACCAACAGAAACUGGCAUCAUUACCAUCCAGUCUACCGAUGCCAGGAAUUUUGCUGAACGUCGCGACCCGAUGCACUGGUUGACACCACAUGACCACCAACAGGAGAGCAGUUCUCCUUCGACAGUCUCUUUUUCCAACAUUAUCUAUGAUCCCGAUCCUAAUCUCCUGCCGAACCUCAAGUUCUUCUUUGAAAAUGCUAUGGGAGGCCGCACGAGAAACGCUUGGAGGCCGCAAGUGGUCAUUCCUGAGGAGAGGCAGACGUUCACCGCCGAAAUGAGGCGCUCCUUGAGGUUGCGCUCCAUACUCCGUGCUUUCCAACUCCAGGGAAAGACGUAUUGCAUCACAUUCCAUCGAACGAUUGGCAUCGUUGAACCCGUGUCGAAGCCCUUUGUCGUCGUGUGGGAGCGGGAACAACGGGAAGACAGGGCAGUGUUGAAGGCCGUGGCGAUCUUGCCCAUGAGCAAACACACUUACGAUAACCUUGUCAGGCAGGCCGUGCUUAAGGGACAUCACAUCGAGUUAGGCGCUGGAUCUAGUUCCAUCAUUCACAGCAGAAAUGCACAUGUGGUCGACGUUGAUGAUUGA